GCGCUCGGCGGUUGGGGCGGUGCUCGGGGGCGGCGAGCUUGCGCACCCUGGCGGCGGCGGCGAUCUGCAGCGGCGCUUGGUGCUGAGGUAAUGGCGCUCGGCGGAUCUGAAAUGUGGGCCUAGGGGUAGAAAUGCCCACAAACCUGUAAAGAACAUAUAAAUGGAAUUAAGAAAUGAGAAAUACAUGAAAAACAGUAAAAGUGGUAUCAAAUAGAUAAAUUAGCACUCCUAAUAAUAUAUUAUAGAGGGCAUGCAAAUUGAGUGGUAAAAAAGUUGAGGCACGCGAAUUUGAUGGUAAAUACUCUAAAUUCUCGUUGAAUUCUCUGCACUAAACCCUGAACCAAAUAAUAACCCAUUCAGUUGAGCAUGGGAAGGGGUUCGUGUGACGGUCUCAGGACAGUCCUGGUGGAGACUAGACUAGAAGGUUGUUGUUUACGGUUAUUAAGUACUAAUUUCAACUGCCAAGUAUCAUAGCAAAUAAAGGAAGAACUAGCAUUUCAUAUACGUAUAUCAAUAAUAAAUAAUAAAUAAUGUAGUUGUACUAUACUUCGAGAAAGAAACAGUUAAUUGUCAAAAGAAAAUAGCUAGUAAAACAAGUGCGCCAAAAUUCUAAAAAAGAACAUUACCAAUAUUUGUAAUACGAGGGAACAGAACAACAGUUGAGAUAGAGGCCGGUGGGUACAACAAACACAUCUUCCAGAAGAGCAAUAAUGCUUUUACAUCAUUACCUGGGCGCCGCGUGGGAGGAGAUCUAAUGAUCGGGAUGUUGACGAACCGUAGCUAGCUUAUUGUACUAUAUAUACGUAUAGUUAGUCUGGAUACUGUGCUAUGAAGUGAAGAGGCCAUUGUUGGGGCCAAAAGAUCUACCGCUCUGCAUCAAUAAGCUGCCCCCGAUGAUCGAUCGUGAGCCUGCGGGUAGUAGUAGGCACGGAAGUAAUAUGGAUCCAUCCAUCAACAUACCGGUCAACAGAGAUGCCAUCACCGAAGAAGUCGCCGCCGCGUUCGCGGAAUCCGAGGUGAUCCCCGAGAGGUAUUGCCGACCUGAUGAGGUCCAUGACGGCAUCGUCGUUGGCCAUGACGAUGACGAGGCCUACGAGCUGCCGGUGGUGGACAUGGAGAAGCUGCUUGACCCGGAGCUUGCGGAGGCAGAGAUUGCAAAGCUUGGUUCUGCAUGUCAAGAUUGGGGUUUCUUUCAGUUAGUAAACCAUGGAGUCGACGAACAAGUGGUGAAUGAAAUGAAAGACAGCACGGUCAAAUUCUUCAGCUUGCCACUAGAAAGCAAAAGGACAGUGGAAAUCCAAGACAAUGGCUUUGAAGGGUUUGGCCACCAUUACAGAAGGGCAUCAGGUAAGCUGGACUGGGCGGAGAGCGUGAUCCUCCUUACGCAGCCAAUCCAAGAGAGAAACCCGGAAAUGUGGCCUACAAACCCAUCGUCGUUCAGGGAUGCACUUGACAAGUACUCCGCCGAGAUGACGAAGCUGGCUAUGAGGAUUGCGAGCAUCAUGGCUACCGACCUCGGGGUCGACCAGGAGGCUUUGGUUGGCGCCUUUAGGGAUAAACAGCAGAGCAUGGCCAUACACCACUACCCUCCUUGCCGCCACCCAGACAAGGUGAUCGGCAUCACGCCGCACUCCGAUGGUCUCGGCCUGACGCUGCUGCUGCAGCUCGACGACACGCCCGGCCUGCAGAUCAGGAAGGAUGGCAGGUGGUUACCAGUGCGACCUCGCCCGGGCACCUUCAUCAUCAAUGUCGCCGACAUACUCGAGGUCCUUACCAAUGGCGCGUACAAGAGCGUCGAGCACAGAGUACUCGCGGACGCAGAGAAAGGCCGAACCACCAUCGUGACAUUUCAUGAAGCCUAUGUCGAUGGAAUGGUGAAGCCGAUCCCGGAGGUGCUCAAGCUCAACGGAGCAGAGGCACGCUACAAGUCCAUAGAAAGAAUUGAGUAUAUCAAGGGAAACUUUGUGGCGCUUUCUGAGGGGACACGAUUUCUGGAGAGCCUUAAGAUAUAGCUUGUGAAAGUUACGCAGGCAACUAGAAGAUCUCUAUGGAACCCAAUUAAUCAUGGAUGCUGGAAAAUACUGCGCCUCCUAUAUAUUAUCCAGUUCAAUGUAAUGUGGAGGAAGGAUUAUUAUCGAAAAAUGUUAAAUGUGUUUGUUAAGAAUAAACCUUGUGUGCUGAUUAGUAGUAGCUCUAUAUGGUUAGCUGUUCAUUUUUAGGUGCAUGUUUGCAUGUGUCGGCCUGAUUGGAGGCUAUGUCUGCUUUCCUUGUAACAGCUUAUUUUAAGCAAUGGAAUAUAGUCUGGAAAAGCUGUCAAUUCAGCAGCACCAAA